AUGCUAGCUAGGGACUUCAAGCGUGUGGUCCUCAUUGUAGGCCCCUUCCUCUUUCUCACCUACGUCGGCAUCCAAUACCUCGACCUCAGGGACUCAGCCUCGGGUCUCGAGCAUUGGUUCGACCGCAUCUUUGCACCGAAUUGGAGGCAAAACGAUGAACUCAACCCCAAUCAACAACUAGCGCCUUUGGCCUCACCGACCCAGUCACACGCUGCGAUUGCAUCGACAACCCUGACAUCGACGGAGGCAACACAUCACGAGAUAUUUUCGACAUCAACCUUUGACAAAAAGUUUUUCCACAUACGUUUUCGGGGAGAAGAAACCAUCAAUCCUAAUAUUUUACCCCAUCCCAACCUUGACAACACAUUUAUCAUCGUUGCGCAGAAAAGAAAAGCAAAUGACAAUACAGUCGAGCAUGUUGAGUUGGUGUGCAACGCCAUCUUCACACUGGAAGGGCUAACCUGCGCCGAAUCACCAUUGGUUCUCCCUAUCGCCGCUACAAAGAGCGGCGACGAAAAAUGCCCUCCUAACUUAGCAUACAUCGCCCUCAAUAUCGGACCUCACGAUGCUCGCGUCUUUCAUGGCCCCAAGGCUCCUUUCAUCGUGUUUGGCUCUAACUCGAAGUUCACAUGCUUCGGACAGUUCAUGCAAGACUUCCGCUCGCUUGGGAACUGGGACUUUGAAAUGUCGUUGGACUUAAGCUUUGGCCUUGGCACAGAGCUACAACGUCCUCCGCCUUGGGGCACGAUGGAGAAGAACUGGUUUCCCUUCUGGGAUGAGAAUGGCGCGCUCUACCUUCACCAGGACGUGGCGCCUAAACGGGUCUUCGCCAAACUGAACGCGGACGGCUCUGUGGGGCCUGACCUUGCGCCGUUGGCGGCCGGGGACGAGGCAUGUCUAAGCAAGUACAUGCCAAAUCUGCCACCGGACCACGAGUCGAUACAUCAGGCGACCAACUCACUAAGCAUUUCAUUUUGUAAAAGGAGUGACCCGACAUGCAAGGCUACCAGCGACAACACUUUUAUUUUCACUGUAUUCCAACACAAGACCUUUUAUCGCUUUCAUAGCGAAUAUGAACCAUAUGUCAUGGUUUUCCGCCAAAAGGCACCCUUUGAAACAUAUGCAGUCUCGAGGAGACCAAUAUGGAUUCAUGGUCGAGGGAAGAACCUUGACGGGAGUUCCGACAUGUUUUACGUGACUUCCAUGAGUUGGAAACGGAAGGAUCAGAGAUACCAUGGCUUUUUAGAUGAUGUACUCUUUGUUUCGUUUGGGAUUGAGGACAAACGGACUGGAGCCAUUGAUGUUCUCGCAGAGGAUCUACUGGCUGAGCUUGGAGUUUGUUUAGAGGCGUGA